CAACUGAAACUAAUAUUUGUGAACAAGAUGAAUGUGGACCACCUUAUUUCUGUGAGAUGCUGGGGGUUAGAGAAUAAUGCUCUAAACCCUUUUCCUGACAUCAGGACAGUAAGUCCCACUUAAGUUUCAUUGGAUGGCUUUAAAGGGUUAAAAUUUAGUAGGAGAGCAUUUUCUAACACUGAGUAGGGAGAUGCAAUGAGUCCAUUGAUAGGGUCUGUUCUUUGAGGAAGUCCAUAUGGGAUCAAGUGAACAAAUAAACAACAAUUUAAUGAACUAAAUUAAAGCAUACAAUAACCAAAGAUACUGGGUUAUAUACAGGCAUAUGUAACAUAACAUCUGGUACUAUGACUAAGGAUUAACAUAUAUCAAUUAUACAAAAUUUAGUUUGUUCCUGAACUAUCUACUUAAGUCUAGGUUGACCGAGAGAGAGUUUACAAUUCUACAUACACUACCUUGUGAAGAUUAUUCAUUGUUUCCUGAUCCAGUUUAAUCGAACAUCAGUGAAACACACUGGAUCGGUAGUCAGUAGGGAAAUAUCCAAGGGAACAAGGAAACAAUCUGGACCAGCUGUCGGCAAUUGGUGGUCCAUGGAUCAUUGAUGGUUCGUGAGAAAAUUUGGGUGGUCCAUGGAGAAAUUUGGACAUUGAUCAACUGAAGCUUAUGUAAUGUAUUAUGAAAGAAAUGCAAAAUGCUUAGUUGCUUUUAUCACUCAUUGAGGGUUUUUUAUUCGAAUCUAAAACCAAAUACAAAGCGAUUGUUAUCAAUAAAUAAUGAACAAUAAACAAUAUUGUGAGUGCAAUUGUUGUCCUUUGUGGAAAAGCACUAAGAGUCCAUAAACUUAUUUCAAACAAGCAGCAAUGAACUUUAGGCUUCCAUUAAUUUGUUAUAAUUAAACGAGUGAAUUUCAUAUAUCUAAUGUAAGUUACUUACAAAAUGUUGGCUAAACAUCAAAUAUAUUUUAAUACAGUUUUAUAUAAAUUUAAUAAAAACAGUGAUAGUAAAAGAAACAUAUAUAAAGUUGCUACUGAAACUGAUACCAGUAGUGAUGUUAGCUGGAUGAAAAAGAAAAAGAGUAAUUUUCAAACACCAAAGAAAACAUACAGUAAAAAGAAAAAAUUGAGGAAAAAACAUAUUGUGCCAACAACAAGCAGUUCAGAAAGAGAGAGUAUCAAACAGCCUAGGACUAAGAAGAGAACUAAAAAGGCCAAAAGUAUGAACUUGAAUGUAGAAGAUUCAUCACCUUAUGAUUUGUCAAAGAUGUUGAAUGAGACUGUUACUGAAAAUAAGAAAAAUAAAAGAAGAAAAUAUCCUUCCUUAAAAAUUAAACAAACAAAAAAAGAUUCAGACUGGUCUGAAAUUGAUAACACAGUACUAAUAAUUGAAAGAAAUAAAAAUUUUAAUGCUUCUCAUAUUGAUGAUGAAAUAAAGAGAACUAUAUCUAAUGAUACAAUCAAAAGUUUAAAUGUAUAUAAAAACAUUUCAGAAUCGAAUAUGUAUCUAAAUGACAAUGACUCUGAAAUAAAUGAAACAAAUGCAUCUUUAUCACACAAUGAAAAGAAUAACCAGGAAGAAAUAUCUAAUAUACCCAACUAUGAACCUAAAUUACCAGAAUCGAUUAAGGAAUCUUUCAGUGAAUUGAAAAUAAAUGUAAAUAAAAAUAGGAACAUUUUACUAUCAAAUGAAAAUAUGACAAGUUAUGAAAAUGAUUCUAAAAUUGCUUCUAUGACUGAAAAUAUAAACAGCUAUAUUGAUAAUUUAAAUCCUGUAAUUUCAGAAAUGGUGAAUGAGCCAAAUGAUGACCAUUUAGAAAUAAAUGAUAUGCAAAAUAUUUGUUUAUCAACAAAAGAAAAUAAUCAAACAAGAAUAUUAAGUUCAUUAAAACCUGUGCCAACAUUAUCAAAAUCCACAAAUGGCUUUCCUAAUGAAAGAAAUAACAACAUAAAUGAAAUAAAAAUUAAUUCAUUUUUAAAUGAAAAUUUGGAAAAAAGAUCUGAAAAUAAUGUGUCUAAAAUCUUAAAUAAUAAAGAAUCUUGGCAAAAUAAUAUACAAAAAUCAAAGUUUGAUGAUAUUGAAAGAUUAAGAGAAACUUGUGAAGUAGAAAAUAUUUCUUCUCAUUUAAUCCACGGUAGUCCUAUUCUUGUAGAUUUAGAAAAUACAUUGGAUGAAUCAGAAAGUAGUAAAGAUGAUUCAAAAUUGAUGAUUUCACCAGAAGUAUCAAAUAAUGCUGGAUCUUUUAGAAGCUCAAAUAAAACUUUGGAAUAUGUAUCACCAGUUGAACUUCAUUCUAUAAACGAAGAAGAAAUUUAUAAUCAAGAAGAAAAAAAGUUCAUGACUUUAAGAUUACAACAGUUUUUAAAUUCUCUUCAUUCAUCAUCAUCUCCUGUUGAAGAUCAUUCAGUGAUGGAAAAACCUUUAUCAAGUGAAAUGUCAAAUAUAAAUAAUUAUGAAAAUGCAAUCUCAGCAUCAUUUUUUGUGGAUCUAGAUUGUCCCAGAUAUGUCCCAGAUAUGUCCAACUCCUCCCUCACCAUCCUCAUUGUGGAUCUGACCAAACCAGCAAUAGGGAUGGAAAAAGGCUCUCUUAGUACCAGAAGGAUAGAAAGAGUUAUAAAAAGAAAAAUGUCACUUCAGAAUCAACUACUCUCUCAGUACAAUUGAGGUUAAAAGUACUACAGUAUUUUACAUGCCUAGUACAUUCAUGGUAAAGCUUUUACAAAUUAUAAGAAAAGCAGUGCAUUCACUUACAGGUUUGCCUCAGAUAAUAUGGAAACUUGAUUAGUUGGGAUUUCAGAUAACCAGGGUUUUACUGCAUAUGGAAUGAAAAGAAUUUUAAAAUUUAGUGUAUAUUAUAAUAGAAGUGGAUUUACUUAGAAGGUAAAUUGAGGUUAAAAGUAGA